AUAUACAAAGUUUUGAUUUUUAUGUGUUUUUGAUGUUGCAGAAAUUUAGGGGGAAUUGAAAUGAAGAUUUGAUUGUCGGCGAAUUUGAAUUUGGCGGAUCAGAAUGCGUUUGAAGGGAAUGCAUCCCCUGUGUUGUAUCACUCUGGAGAGUCCUGAGAUCGGAGACCAAUCCAGGAUCCGCUCCGGUAUACCGAUGGCGAUGGUUUCCGGCGGAUCUGACGGCAAUGCCUCGGGAUCUGUGGCCAGCUUCGCCGGAGUUCUCUACAAAUGGACCAAUUUCGGCAAAGGAUGGAGAUCGAGAUGGUUUCUGCUCCGUAACGGCGUCGUUUCGUAUUCGAAGAUUCUCAUGCCGGAGACUCUGGCUUGUUUUCCGGCCGGCGAAGACGUCCGGUUGAUCGGCGACGUCUCCUCCGGCCGCCUUUCGCGGCUCGACAGCUCCGGUGGAAGACGUAAAAACCACAAGACUCUUGGCAUCGUUAAUCUCAAGGUAUCUUCCUUCAGAGAAAGCAAAUCAGACGACAAGCGAUUUUACAUAUUUACUGCCACUAAAACCCUUCAUCUGAGGACUAGCUCGAAGCAAGAGCGUGUGGCUUGGAUACAAGCUUUAGUUUCAUCUCGGAACUUAUUUUCUCUCAGAGAAUUAAAUGAUAGUCUCUCCCUUGCACCAAAUGAUAUAUCUGUAUCGACUGAGAAGCUUAAAAAGCGCUUGCUUGAAGAGGGCAUCAGUGAGGUACUUGUUAAGGACUGUGAGCAGAUCAUGCUCUCAGAAUUUUCUGAAAUUCGAGGACAAUUUGAUGUUCUUUGCAAAGAGCGUUCGAAUUUGCUGGACACAUUGAGGCAGUUGGAGGCUGCUAAUAUUGAAGCUGAAGGCUCGGCAAUUCAUGAUGGUGAAUACCAGUUGACAAAGCAUGAAAUUUCCAGUUUAGGGCGUGGAAAACAUAGUGAAUGCAGCACAAUCGAAUCAUCUGAUGAUGUUGAGAAACAAGAGCUUGAGAAUGUCUCAGAUGAAGAGGAAACCUCCUAUUUUGACACGGAAGAGUGCUUCUCUGAAUCAGCCAUUUGUUGUGGGUCUGUAACUGGAGGUGCAGUUCAGUUUAUGGGUCCUGAAAAGCAAAUUGAUGCUAAAAACUUAGAUGCAGUGAAGGAAACCAUUAACUCUACAUAUCCACAAAUUGAAAGGCGAAAGAAACUUCCAGAUCCAGUCGAAAAGGAGAAAGGGGUCAGUCUUUGGUCUAUAAUCAAAGACAAUGUUGGAAAAGAUCUAACGCGAGUUUGUCUACCUGUAUACUUUAAUGAGCCAAUAUCAUCUUUACAAAAGUGUUUUGAGGACUUGGAGUAUUCAUAUCUGUUGGAUAGUGCAUAUGAGCAUGGAAAAGCGGGGAACAGUCUGAUGAGAGCUUUAAAUGUAGCUGCUUUUGCGGUUUCUGGAUAUGCUUCCUCUGAAGGUCGGCAUUGUAAACCCUUUAAUCCGUUGUUAGGGGAAACUUAUGAAGCUGACUAUCCUGAGAAAGGAAUUCGUUUUUUCUCUGAGAAGGUUAGUCACCACCCAACCCUCAUUGCAUGCCAUUGUGAAGGAAUAGGGUGGAAAUUCUGGGGUGACAGUAACCUUAGAACCAAAUUUUGGGGGACGUCAAUUCAGCUUAACCCUGUUGGAACUCUAACUUUAGAGUUUGAUGAUGGCGAGAUUUUCCAGUGGAGCAAGGUCACAACAAGCAUUUGUAAUCUUAUUCUUGGCAAAGUGUACCUUGAUCACCAUGGAAUGAUGCAUAUACGCGGUAAUCGCCAAUAUUCAUGCAAACUCAAGUUCAAAGAGCAAUCUAUUCUUGACCGAAAUCCACACCAGGUUCAUGGAUUUGUUGAAGAUGUGAUUGGCAAAAAGGCUGCCACAUUAUUUGGAAAAUGGGAUGACAGUGUGUAUUAUAUGGAUGGAGAUGGGACUAGCAAACCAAAGGAUUGUUUGAAUGCAUCUUUGUUGUGGAAAAGGUGCAUGCCUUCUAAUCUCACCCGGUACAACAUGACGCCAUUUGCAAUUACUCUAAAUGAGUUGACUCCAGGAUUGCAGAUUAAGGAGAAACUCCCACCCACAGAUUCAAGACUUAGACCAGACCAACGGCAUCUUGAGAAUGGGGAAUAUGAAAAGGCAAAUGCAGAGAAGCUACGGUUGGAGAGACGGCAGAGGAUGUCAACGAAAUUACAAGAAAAUGGAUGGAAGCCCAGAUGGUUUCAAAGGGAAGGCCAAGAUGGACCCUUCUCUUACAUGGGUGGUUAUUGGGAAGCACGAGAACAGGGAAAAUGGGAAAUAUGCCCAAAUAUAUUUGGUGAAUUUAAUGAAGACCUUGUUAAUUCCUUCGAAGGGUCCUAAUUUUAACAUAAGGAUGGAAUGCAAAAAAUCUUGCAUCAUAAGCCUACUUGUGCACAUAGGUGGCUCGAUUCUUCUCCUAAUUUGGAUGACAGUCAAUCAUUAGGGACAUUGGAAUUAGGGACAUCGGAACAAAGAAUCAAUCUGAUGAGCAAAAAUGAUGAAUCACAAUCAAAUUUGUGGCGUCAUUUUCUUCUCUCAUUUGUAGUUUGUGUAAUUUAUUUUUUCUUUCUCCAUUUGCUAUAGUUCUUCCAACUCUGGUAGGAAAUUGCUGAAGAUUUCUUUAGGUAAUUAUUUGUAUUUUCAUGGUAGAAAUAAAUAUGGGGAAAAAAAUUGUAUUGCAGAAACCAUUUCCUGGCAUGAGGAGGAUCUCAUGUUUAGGCCCCCCAUAACAUAGAUAAAUUAAUGUUAUUGCUAACGAGUUUCUUUUUUC